AUGCAGCACAACGACACAAGCAUUAACUCCUUGAACAUCUCAGGCAGUUCAGACGACAAUGGUUAUCUGAUUUGGGAAGCUAUUACUUUAGAUCCAUUCGUUCACACAGAGACCAAAAGAAACAUCAAAACUCAGAAAGAAUACAAUCAAUUGCUUCUCGAUGUCAAAGAUGCGACCCAAGAUGAGAAAGAGAAACUCAUUAGCAAUGUUAAAGCUAUGAGGAUCAUCAGAUUUGCCCUGCAGGCAGACAUGUUUCGAUUGGUUAGCUCGUGUGAGACUGCGAAAGAAAUAUGGGAGAGGCUCAAGGAACUUUAUUCCAUAGACACAGACCUUAAGCAUUCAACUCAUACACUCCUACUUUCGGAGUUUGGGGCUUUCACACAAAACCCAGAUGAAAAUUUGAGUCAGACCUUCAAUCGCUACAACCAUGUUCUCAGCAGGAUGACCAAACACGACAUUGGAAGAGAAGUGAUCGAGCAGAAGGUUACAUUUAUGAAUGGUCUUAGGUCUGAAUGGAUGACAUGUGUCUCUACAGUUAAGGCUCACGAGCAGCUUAAGAGUUAUACUUUGGCUACGCUGGUGGGUAUUCUUAAAGCUCAUGAAAGCGAAGUGUCAAAGGAAGCGAAGGUUGUUUCCAGUAUGGGGUCUCUAGAUCUUAUUGCAAAAGGCAAAAUAGUUGCAGUCGAUGGAUCUGAAUCCGAUCACUCUGAAUGUGAUCUUACCACUGAAGAAUAUGCCAUGAUGGUUUCAAAUCCCAAGCGAUUCGCAAGAAAGAAAUUUCCUUUGAACAAGAUAGAAACCGGAAAAGAAGUUAUAGCUCAAAAAAGGAAAAUGUUGCAGAAGAUGUGUUUGGAGAGGUCGAAGUCUGGUCAACAGAUUCAUAGGAUGAUGAAGUUUGCAAGCCCAUACAUGGAAGGGGACUCGUUGCAAAGGAAGAAGUUGCACCUUGAUUGCAGAAUUGGUGACAAAAUUCAUAAAAUGAUCUUAUCAUUUCUAGAAUUAGAGGAAGAUGAAAUAGAUGCCGACUGUUACAAUUGUGAAUCCAUAUUUUCGUCCGAAGAAACUUCUGAUGCAUACAGGGUUGGACUGGAACGAAUUGAAUCUUAUAUUAUGUCCAAAGAACACAAAAAUAUGUUGAAACAACUUUUGGAUGAAAAAGAUAAGAAGCAAAUCAAUACAUCUGAAUUCGAUGAGGAUAGUGGUAUGAGCGAAAUUUCAGUAGAGGACAAAGUGGAUUGCUCAGAGUUUGUUAAACACGAACCUCUGCAAGUAAAAGACUUGAUUUCUGAAAAUUCGGUUGAAUUCAUGAACAACAAAGAUGGUUGUGAUGAAUUCUUUUGGUCCGCACUAAUUGAUAAUGCAGAAGAAACGAAGGGUCUAUCUGAAAGAACCUCUUGGAGAGUUAAAGGUCGAUAUGUGGCAGAACCACUGAAUAAUCGAUUAGCAUUUGAGAAGGGUAGCCCAAGUGGUACCAAUGGUUGUUCGUGUCACAUGACGGGAAGAAAGGAGGAGUUGAGAGAAUAUAGAGAACUGAAGGAUGGAGGUCUCGUGAAGUUUGGCAACAACGCUCUUGGAGAAAUCCAAGGAUAUGGAAUGAUAAAGAACGGUGAAUUCUCGAUUCACAAAGUGGGGUAUGUUAAAGGACUGCAACACAAUCUAAUAAGUGUUUCAUAG